GCGAGCACUCGAAGAUCGCGAAACCCAGCGCGACCCGACACGCAACUAUGGCCACCGUCCGACCCCAAUCGCCAGCGGGCCCCGCCCCUUCUCCCCCGCAGGAGGGGCGGCACGGUGACGCCCCCAACCCGCCCGCCGCCUCCGGCGAACCCCCCGCCGCGGCGGGUCCGGGCGGCGGGGGCGGCGAGAUCGCCGCGCUCGACAAGCAGCUUGCCGUCGGCGGCGGCGGCGGCGGUGAGGAGAGGAAGAUGGGUGGAGGAGCUAGCGCCGGCGCAGGCGGGGGAAGGAAGCUGGUGGCGGAGGCCAUGCGCAAGUACGCCGCGCCGCGGUCGUCGCGGUUCCACGGCGUCACAAGGCUGAAGUGGAGCGGCAAGUACGAGGCGCACCUCUGGGACAACACCAGCCAGGUCGAGGGCCGCAAGCGCAAGGGCAAGCACGUGUACUUAGGCAGCUAUGUUACUGAAGAGCAAGCUGCAAAGGCACAUGAUUUGGCAGCCCUUAAAUAUUGGGGCACAGGUCCAAACACCAAACUGAACUUCAGUAUUUCUGACUAUGAGAAAGAAAUCGAGAUUAUGAAGACCAUGUCUCAAGAUGAAUUUGUAGCAUACAUAAGGAGGCAAAGCAGUUGUUUCUCAAGAGGUACUUCAUCAUACAGGGGUGUGACCAGACGAAAAGAUGGUAAAUGGCAAGCACGAAUUGGUAGGAUUGGCGAGAGUAGAGACACCAAAGACAUUUACCUUGGGACUUUCGACACUGAAGAAGAGGCGGCAGAAGCUUAUGACAUAGCAGCAAUUGAGCUUCGUGGUGUUCAUGCCGUUACCAACUUUGACAUUAGUAACUACUGUGAAGAUGGUUUGAGAAAACUAGAAGGCCCGUCAGAAGUGGCGAAGCUGGAAGGUCCAUCGGAGGUCAUGAAGCUCGCUGGACAAUAGACACUAGAAUCUAGAAUAGCAACAUGUACAUUAUUUCUCCAUUUCAUUUCCUUUGUCAUAAUAUUUCACCCUCCUUUUGGUAUUCCUGUUACCUUCUUUUUUCCCCUUUAGUGAGUUUUCACCGCGCCAUGUUGUGUAAGCCAGUAUUUACUGGCUCUGAAGGACAGUGUGAUGUUGUAUUCCAGCCUCACCAAAAGGUCUUACUAACCUUUGAUGCAGCAGCGAAAGUUACAAUGUCGUAGCUUGAUGGAUGGUUGUUUUUGUUUUAA